UCUCCCCCCCGGCUCCGCCCGCCGCCGGCUGCCUCCCGUCGCCGCUCAGCUCCGCACCGCUCCGCUCCGCACCGCUCCGGGCGGCGCCCAUGGGCUGCGGCAACUCCACGGCCGGCGGCGCGGGCGGGCGAGGUGCCACAGGGACUACUAAAGAUGUAGCAGAAGAAUCUGUAUCAGAUGAUGACAAAAGGAGGAACUACGGUGGUGUGUAUGUUGGUCUGCCAUCAGAUGCGGCUGCCAUGGUAUCCAGUCAGACAAAAGCUGCACCGAAAGAUUAGAAGGAAAUAAACACAGCAAGAUCCAAACAGCUGGAGCAGUCUUCUGCAAAGACCAUUUGCCAGUGCUUUAGCGAGAGUUGUCUUUCUGCUGAAGAUUUUUAUAUUUACAUAGCCUUCCAGAGAGCAAAACAGAUCAGAGCACCAAAAAAUCUAAACUGUUGCAAGUUCCAACUACGGGUAAAGCUUAAAGUACAACAUUGAAUCAGUUUGCUAUGAUGGUUGCAUUAUGGAAACCUCCUGCUGUUCUCCAGUGAAAAUGAAAUUAAGGAACUCAUGGUGGAUGUUUCUGCACAAGAGCUAACUUUGAUGAUCUGCAACUUAUUUCUCUGUGGCCAUAUUGCAGAUUUCAUCAGCUAUCAGCUACGCUUCGUAUAUUUUCUCCAACAAUUUUUGAUAGAUUUUAUAUAGAAAAUCAUUACUCCUGUCCACUUAAUAGUUCCUAUGGUAGGUUCCUAUAAAUUUAUUGUUAAUUUACUUCAGAGUAAUAUAUUUGAAAGGUUUGCAUCUUUUUGGUAAUAUUGCAAAUUUUACUAUUUUUGCUGUGAAAACUUUAGAAUGAAAUAAGCGUAAGACCAUCGGGCUCUUUAUAAUUGCUACCAUCACUUUUAUACAGUGAAAUUAAUAUUAGUGUUUAAUUUUCACCUUUUAAAAAGAUAAUGCUCAAGGAAAUUUAUUUAAAUAAGGACAGUGUAUUUCGUCAUAAUAUGUAUGUCUGUUUUUAUUUUCUUCAGCUUUAUCUCUUUUAUAAAGCAUUACGUGGAAAAAAAUACUAAUGAAACAAACUAUUAUGUUGUCUUCCGUUCUAUGUGAUAUUACAGAAACAUUUCCUUGCAUAAGGAUGAAGUGAUGGUAUUGUCAGAGAUAACUGAACUAAACUCCAGUGUGGUGUCCUCUUGAAAUGUAGGGGAGUUUUGAUCCCUGUUUGAGUUUUGUGUUCCUGACUUAUCUCCUAGCAUCUCAAAUAUGGAAAAUUGUAACAGAAUGAGUGUGGUUAUUACUUCAGCAAAUUGUUGUAUUAAGUAAUGGAUGGGACACUUUAAAAUUCAUUACAUUUAUAACAACUGCAGGUUCCUCACUAAACAUAAAAUAGAUCGUACAUUUCCAUAUAGCUGAACAAGUAUUUAAAUUGUUAAAGCAUUUUACAUAAUUCUUUAGUCAAACUUUUUAAUAGGCCAUGAUGUUAUACACUUAAAAAAAAUAUCCAUAUUCAUGUUUUACAGUAGAUCAGUGACCACUCUUAAAAUUAAAAGAAAAAGCAAAAUUUAGACAUGAAGAAGUGAAACACUGAGAACCCUAAAAUUCCUGCCCAUUUCACCAAUAUCUAUUAAGACAAACAACAAAUGGCCGUGAUUUCCAGUAGCUUGCACAUCUAGCUUUAAAAUAUGUGGUAGUUUAUAUGGUGUGAGGUUUGUGAAAAGAAGUACUUAAAGGUACUCUGUGCUUGCCCUCUUUUUAAGUGUUUGUGGCAAUAUUUACUGCUGUUCUCCAGAACUCUGCUUCUUGCCUAUCAACACUUUCAAGUCUCCAGCUCCUAAAGACAAAUACGCAGCUCAUACUUGACCCCUUCAACCUAGAACCAAGAUGAAAUUAACUUGCAGAUUAAAUAUCUCAGUAUGAAUGAAUGUCUGUAAAUUACACUUGAAGACUCUUGUUCUUACAAGUCAAAUUGAUGAGAACUCAAACAGCACUGAGUAAUAAACACGUAGGUUUUCUUCCCACCUGCUUACGAUAGCAUAAGGAUAUAGUUUCCACAUUACAUGUUCCACAGAUGGUUUGAACAGCACAAAUUUAUUUAGCAGAAAUCAGUAAGGCCCAUGUCUGACCUAACCAUGUUUGCCUUUCCCAAAAGAAAAAGCAAAACACGAAAAAGCAGUUGUCCUAAGAUAGAUACAUCAUAGUUCAGCUAGUGCUCAAAAUGACGAUGAUAGACACUACUAAUCUCCCCACUUAUGUCCACUUCUAUCCUUUGCUUUCUGGGAAGAAUCAUCAAAAAGAGGGACUGGGCUAAAUUCAAAUAGCACUUGUUCUACUGUUGACAUCUGAACCCCGUGUGUGGGCUGAGGAAAGUAAGUGGUGAUCUUUAAUGAAUAGCUCCUAGGAGUUAGUGUUGGGACAGUUGCAAAGUACUUUUUCUUGUUUUACAUCAUCACCUAAUUUUUCCUGUGCAGAGUUGCAGAGAAACGAGGAGCAAAUUACAGAAUUGGCUUCUUAAUGAUUCAUCCCCUGAAUGUGUGGGAGGUAUGGUGGUUUCUUUCUUAAUAUUUUUGUUCCUCUGCAUCUUUUCAUCUCAAAAACUUACUGAUCAACUGUCAAGUGUUUCAGUAUCAUGGGCUGGAGCCUCUGCAAUAGAUCUGCAUUCAUUUAUGCCAUGCAGGGCUGUACUCAUCGGACUGAAGAGCUAGGGCCAUGGCCUUGUCUUAAAUUUGCAGGCUCUUGUCUUUUGUUUUCUCAAGGACCUGGAGUUCUAGAAACUGUAUGACAGGAUAAUGUAUUCUGUCUUGGCCAAACUCCACUUAGGGAACUGAUUUUCUGUUCAUAAAAAAUUCCUCUAUGGUGAGCCUCUAGCAUUUCUUAAGCCUUUAUUAAUAAGAGCACAUGACAUUUCAUGGAGAAAUGAGUAAACUCUUUCAAAACGUACGAUCUAUGGAUAUUUCUGUUAGGAGGAGGAACAUAAAAGAAACCCUAUAUGCCAGCUGACAGCUGUGUAUUUGAUGGCAUCCUUGGAAGAUAUUUAGGCACUCAGUGAUGGUUCAAUGUGAGAAUGCAAACAGAACACAAGAAGCCAUUGAAUGGCAGAGCUAUUAUUGAGGAAUAUACUUUGUUUUUUGUCAGUGUCUUGAAUUGCCAUUUGUUAAGAAGGGACAUUUAAAUGUUGGGGCUGUGAUACUAUUUCCUUUGCAGUUGUCACUCUUUCUCUAGCCAAAGCUGAGAAAGUAUCUUUUCACUCUGGAAAUACUUUAGCAAAGACAGUGGAUUCAGGCUUUAUAAUCUCAUAUGCUCCAAUUUGGGAUUGACAGCUUGGAAAUACUAUGCUUGAAGUCACAUAGCUCAGCUCAGACAAUUAAAUCUUGAAAAAUUCUAUGCCACCAAAGCAUAGGAUUGAAACUAGUUUGUGAUUAGCUUAAAAACAGUUCAGAUUCUUACUGGAUGGAAAUUUUGGUCUUGUUGUGCAAACUAUUCCACCUAGAAGACAUCUGUUCCUUUGAAUUACACUGAUGAGACAGUUUAUUUAUUUUGUUUUCUUCUUAAUGCAGGACCUGGGGCUUAGCUGUAAGGACUCAGCUUCUCAGUAUCUGGGUAGUCCAGGUGGAGAUGCUGUCCAUCUUGUGUGUGCCAUCCAUGUUGCAGUGUAGUUCAGAGGAUGUGACAUGGCUUUAAACUUCUGUAUUGCUCAAGCAUUAGAUCCAUCACUAAGAGGGUUGCAGACAACCUGGUAAAGCCCAGUGUAAAACAUUACAUAGAACUCAGGAUUUAUUCACUAGGAGUGAAAUCCUCUCAUAACAGAGUCAACACAAGGCCGAAGCUGCAGAAGAACGUAAAGUUGAAGUUUGUCUCUAAUGAACGCAAACACGAAGUACUAAUUUACUUGAUUUCAUCCUACAUCUCUAGCAAAGGAGUCUGUGCUGUAUCAGAUUAUGGUUGAAAUGGCAUUAGUUUUUUUAGUAACUCACUAGCAUAUUGUUCUCUUUCACCCACACAAGUCUAGUGAUUCUCAAUAAUCAUGCUUCCUAAGCAGUUGGUGAGUCACUACAGAUCUGUUUUCUGCAAAGUAGCCCUCUGUUUUGUUCCCAUGGUGAUCAGAAGUGACAAUUAUUACAGACUGCUACUACAGUUCCUCUAUUGCCUGUACCCACUAAAGAAGCUCUUAUCUGCUUAUAGUUCCUUGGAGUUUUGCAGUACAUCAUCAUCACUUCCUAUUGACAGCAAUUUGAGCACUUCAGGUGAAUUGGCUUUGUGGAGAACAUGCUGGAGGAGGGUGAUUUGUGGAGUAUUUUUGUUUUGCAAUGCAUUUAGAAACAUACCAAGAAAAUAAUGGCUCUGUAAACUUUCCACAAAGCAAUGGUGUGCCGGUAUUGCAGGAAAUCUUUUGAGGCUGGGCUAAAUGAUUCAACUUUUGUUUUAACACCAAACGUGCAGAGAACUUAGAUUAAUCAUAAUAAGAGCAAUUUCAUUUUACACGAUCUGGCAAUUUUUGCUGUAAUGUUAGAGUUUUCAAACAUAGGAAUAUUUACCAGACAGCAGAAACCUGCCUGUGAGUGUUUAGAAUGGCUGUCACCCACGCUGUAGGAACUCAUAUAUACAUGAGCACUUAACCUGAUCAUGAGAAAGUGCCUAUAGGUGAAGAUAGGACCCUGCCUGUGAAACUGAUCAUUCCAUGAAGCACAGUGAAAUUUCUUAAACCAAGUCUCAUUAGCUUAACUGUACUGAGAAAAGAAUGAGAAAGAUACCAUGGGAUGGAGCAUGCGUGAAAUGGAUUUAGUGUGCCAGAAAGGAAGAAGUCCAUGGGAGGAAGAGGAUUAUAUUAUUAUGCAGUAAAGAUAGAUGCAGAAGGAGGUUAGGAACUGAAAAUGACGUAAAAAAGGAAAUAGUUUAAUUAAGUAUCUGCUCCGGUUCUCUGUGAUUCUCAUCUGUUGAAAAUAUAGCAAGAAGUAGACUACUGCCAAGUCAUUUUAAGCUGAAGAUAAAUGUGGAUUGGCCUACUGGUUCAUUCCCAUUCCAACUCCCAGAAGUCUGAGAUUGUGAACCUUUUGGGAAACAAAUCUCUCUCUCUCUUUCUCUCUCUCUCGCUCUUUUUUUUUUUUUUUUUAAUGCCCAGCAUAAUAAGUCCAUGAACCUUAUAUGUCCUUUUGUGUUGUACUAGGAUAUAUAAAUAUCCUACCUUCUCUUUCAAACUGUGUUCCCUUUGCUUACAUCUCUCUAUGCAGACCUGAGCUUCUAGUUGCUUUGGAAGUUUACACCAUGUUUGAAAAACAACUUAGUAGGCUGAGAAAAUACACAAGACGUAAAAAUCAUUAACAGGCACAGUACAAUAAUAGAUUAUAGAACAUGCAGAAAAGAAACAAGAGCUUAAUCUGAAAAACAAAGCAGAGUUAGAAACAAAGCUUUGGCUCAGUUAUGACAUGUAUUUUACAUGUCUCAUAACCAAUGGAUCACUAUGCAAGUGAUUAGUUUGGAUCACAGCACCCUUAUCAAUGUUCUGGGAAUUAGCAGCCCACUUAGAGAGUUCUGUUUCUGGUCUUUGAUUCCAGUGUUAAAGGAGAGGGCAGUAAUGUGAAAAACUAAAUUCCACCCUUAGCCAUCAUCGCCCAUGUUUUAUUUGCCAAAUCUCAGUGUUGUCUGCAGGAUGGCUUCAGCUCUAUAAAAGCUAAGCUCAUUGGGUUCUUACUGUGAGACUAUGAUUCAGAGCAACAUGUUAAUUGGAGACAGGUCAUUUUCAAUAACUGUUUUGUGGGGGAUACCAGACUGGAGGAAAAUGUAAGACUUUAUUGGAGCUAAAGAGAUAUUCAAGUUUUGGAGAGAGUCCAUGUUGUGUCACUACCAAACUCUACUUGACAGAACACAAACAUAGCACCACAUUCAUAAAUAAAUAAAAUCUGAGAGGUAACGCACACCUUUCAGCUUCAAUCUAUUAUCAUAUUUAUGGUUAUGUAUUAUUGGACACUGACCAUGACUUUGAGCUGUGAAUAUCUUCUGCCAGCUAGGUUUGUGUUCCCAAAAUGUUAUUACAGUAAGAAAAAAAUUUGGAAGGAUUCCCACUACCUGGUUUUCCAUAGGAGCCUUACAUACUUUUGGGAAAUCAGCCAAAAAAUUUCUAUAAAAUUAGAAGAUUUAAUUAGAUCUUAAUGUUUAAAUGGUAUUAACUUGAGCAAACUCCAAGUAUCUGGUUAUUAUAAUGAGGUACUUCAUCUUCGAACACUUGCAAGAAACCAGUUGCUUACUUCUUCUUCCUCUUCCAAAUUGUGGGUUAGUUUAAUAAAUAAAUGAUUAAAUUCUUUUACCGUUCUAUCAAAGGAACUGCUUUGGAUCAUCAGAUAAAAGGAAACCAUUUUUGGCAGGAAAUUAAUUUGUAGUAAGGAAACUGUGCCAGCCAGGGGAGAUGGAUUUUGUAUAAAUUCUAAAUUCGGUUUAAUAGAAUGAAUAAGAGUUGGAGUACUUGCCCAGCACUGUUAGAGUCUUUGUUCAAAACAUCAUUGUUUGCAUAACAAUUACUUAUUGAGAAACCCAAGAUUUCCAGUGAAAAUAACCUUGAAAAACUCUAAUUGGAAAAUAAUUUUUGAUUUAUGACAAUAACUUGCCAAGAGCAGCAUUAUAUUUUUUCCUUCAAAUUUCAAGAGGAAGACAAUUUCUCAUCUGAACCAGUAAGGUAAACAAGCAACUCAUCCUUCACAAUUGCAGACAAUCCUCAUUCAGAGAUACAGGAAAAAAAUGUAAAUGGUAUUGACUAAUUCUAUCAUAGAGACAUAUAUGUUUUUACACUUCAAAUGAAUAUACUCCCCCCACCGCAAUGAAUUAGAUUAGAUUAGACUAGUCUAAUCAUAUCUCCUCCUUUCAGGUAUUUUAUUAAAACAUGAUCUUAUUCCUUCAUUUUUAUCUUUUUUUUUUUUUUUUAAUCUUUUUUUUUUCUUCUUUUUUCACUUUGGCUGAAAUAAUCCAUGUUAAAAAAUAUUUAUGAUAUCUUUGUUAUAAGAAUUUGUAAUCUGUAGUAAUUUUCCAAGCCUCUUGCACUAUCCUCCUCCCCCCCCUUUAUUUAUUUAUUUAUUUAUUUUGUAAUCUUGAACACAGCCUCUGGCAUAAAACUCUGCCACAGACCAAGUUUUACCCGAACAGCUGGGUUUACACCUUUACUCAGAUGAGCACUGCAAGUAGGUGCCACUGGAGAACAUUUUACCCUGAACACUUCACUACUCAACUAUUUUUUUCAGCUUUAGGUAAAACAUAGAUAAUGUUUGGUUGUUCUCUAAGUGGAGCUUUUACUGCACAUAUAUCAUCUUGGGAUUUGGACUGGCAUGGUUUUGGGAGUCAUUUGUUCCUCAGUACAGGGUCUUGAAACUUCAUCUUACCCCCAGCAUAUCUCCUUAAGCUGUGUCUUUGGACAAGCAGUUUUGUGCUGUAAAGUUGGAAUGCACAAAAUGAUGGGAAAGUAUUUCCAUCGCAUUCCAGUUUGAGCAGUGAUGUGCAAAACAAGAGUAAACAGUAGUAGGAAAUUAGGUGAGAAGAUGACUGCAACAUUGCACAAUCUCUUUGAAGAGGCUUGACACGUUGACAAAAAGUGCAAGAUGAUAAGAAUCAAGUCCUGUGAUUCACUAUCAUAAAGGCCUGUAUUAGACAUUGCAAAUUAUAGUGGUCUCUCGUGUACUAUCAUUGCAGUUGCCUCCAAGUAGUUGCAGUCUCAUAUAAUUUCACCUGCAGACCUCCGUAGCUUGUACGGGAAAUUACUUCCAGUUGACUGUGGCUGACCAUUUGACCCCCAGAGAUUUAUUUUUUUUGGCCUAGAUCACAGGGUAAGUCUGAUGUGCAGAGAGUAUAGCUCACCACAGUCUGAAAACUUCCACUUUUCAUCAUGCUGGUUUUGUCAUGUGGCUCUGCAGUGCACCUUUGUGGUGUCUACCAGUAUAAAUAGUCGAAGUAGUUUGAAAUAGCCAGCUGUUAGGUUGGUGGGGCAGAAGGACACCUCCAUGACAUACUCCUGGUGAUCCUACUGUCUUCUUUGCACUAUGGCUAAGAUAUGGUGGUGUCACACCCACUGAAGGAUGAACUGUAUACUAUCCCCAGGUGGGUUGUACCAGGCCAUAUCCCCCCAGUGACAGAAGACCAGUGCAAAGAGCCCUGCUGUGCUGGAGGGGCUGGCCUUGUCGUCAGCUGGCUCAAGUCUUAAAUAGCGUUGGGAUUUGUUUGUCUGCUUUCCUUGCUCUCUUAGCAGCAAAGCCCAAGUGACUGCACUGAGUUUCCUUUUAUGUGCCUCCUGAGCAAGCCUUACGUUCAGAGCCGUGCUGGUGACAAUCAAAUUAAUCACAGCCCCAUCGGCAGCUGAGCUUCGAGCUCUCCUGGCAGCGUCAGAGGGGGCAGGCUGUAGCCUGGGAUGUCAGAAUAAAUCCUUGUCCAAAGUAGGUCAGCAAACUGUGCCUGGCCUUAAGAAACACCUUUGUUCAAAGACAGCAAAUUUGUUGGUCUCGCUGGAGAUCAGUUUUUUCAAAUGUCUUUCGUGGGAAAGAAUCCUACAGACCUGUAUGGAAACGCUGAUUCCCUGAAGUCUGAACCCUCUGGCAGAACUGUACAGAAAAAAUGUUCUGAACAAAGAGAAUCCCAAAGGCUUAUUCAAAAGUCCUAAAAAUGCAUGAGGGAGGAAUCCUUUCGAAGGAGUCUUGCUAUACCUCUGUUGUCCUCGUUUCUGUAACAUUCAUUUGUUUCUUUCCUUAAAAGAUAUAAAUGUCUUAAAUUUCAAUUUUACAGUACCCAUACAUAUAAUUGUAGCAGCUAAAGUUUACCUGUUCCAAAAUACUUAUUUAAAAUUUUGAAAAGAGUUACUCUAUGUAUAUUAUUCUGAUUUCUGGGAAAUUGCUGUAAUUAAUUAAUCCCUUCCACAGCUUGUGGUUGUUUAUUUUUCACUAUAAGGUUUAGUUUUAAUGUAUGGACUCAGAUGCUGGUAUUAAAAUGGCAAGUUGUCUCAUUCUGCAAAAUAUUUAGCAAUGACAGUGUAAACUGUACUGCUUGUCACUUUGUCACUGCUUGUGGCAAAGUUAUAGUUCAUGGACAUUGUUUAAAAAUCAAAUAAUUUUAAAUAACUUUGCUUCUUAUGGAGCUUGUAGGUCAAAUAUGAAAGACACUAGAGCCUAAAAAUACUGGCUCUGGGCUACUUCAGAUUCUCAUGAAAGCCAUAAAAUAUGUCUCUCAGUUUUUUUGUUGUUGUUUUUUUUUUUUUUUUUCCUAUGAUGAAAUCUGUGCUAUUGUCCAGUUUCAAGGUGACUUGUUAUAGCCCUGUUCUAGCCUCUCUACAGAUGCUACUGUGAUUCUGCAAUAAAAGAGGCAAUCAGCCAUUUCUGGGUGCUCUGUAAAGUCUUUAAAGCAAGAGAGUUUAAAAUAAAUGUUUGCAUCCUGGUGUGUUUUCAGUGCACUCUGAGCACUUCUAAACUAUAAAUAAGAUCAAAAGAUUCACUCAAUCUUGUUCAUCCUCUCCCUCAACAAACAUUCAAAAAAUUAAAGAAUGCCAAAAUUAGGCUUCCUGAUACAUCCUGAUGCAUCAUGAUACGUUAAAAAAUUAAAAAAAAAAAUAAUCACGUUCUAUUUUUUUUCACAGGAUACAUGCUAAAAUAGACUAACCUAAGUAGAUACGUAUGAAUAUUUUCCAUCAAAAUUUGGCAAAUCUUUGUUUAUUCAUUGUAUCAUUGCUUUGGACCCGUUUGUUUCCCAGGAAUAAUCUUUCUUGUAAUGCCUACACAAGUUAGACAAUAAAAAUGUCAUUUUUUUAAUCUC